CUGUUUAUAAAUAAUUUACAUAGAAAGAAUUGCGCGAGAUAACGCCGUGAGUGUCACCACCUAGUGCAACAUCGAAAAAUUAGCUUCUGAACAACGGCGAGCAAUUUCUGUCUCUAGACCAGGUCUAGGUGAGUCAGAUAUACGAGACGAGAACGACUGACGUUGCGGAAAUGAUGCGUCACAAUAUGGGCGGUGUUCAAGCUAGAGUCCUUAUUAAUCAAUCAUUACCGAUCGAUCAUUAUCUAUGUCCGCUUAAUCGUUUUAUAAAUCUCUUACUUUAAUAACGAAAACAGUUGCGUUCGACCUCGAUGACAACGUGACAUCUACAAGUUUACUCGUUCAUUCGCUUGAACGUUCGUGAGCAUACAUUCUCAUCCAGCCAGACCCGUAUCUACGUCAUAUACGAAUCUCUCGAAUAGACAUAAAAAUCCUUGACUUAAUCUUUUCAUAACGUUUAAUGUUCAGCAAAUCUUUCAAAUGGGGAAUUACGGUGGAAGUAAAGAAGAAAUCGACCGAAACGAAAUAAAAAUUAUGAUGUAACAUAUUGACAUCUAACGUAUUCGCUUCAUACCAAUUCAAUACGAAAAUAUCAUUUCUCUAUUUAUUACCUAACUUAUACGUUGUAUAAAUGUACAUCUGCAUGCACUAUUUUACGUCCCGCCAAAAUCUUUCGGGUAUAUAUAGUUUGUCCGAAGCAGAAUUUUUUGGCACGUGUGCAGUGUGUGCACGUAUGUAGUAUGUACAACAUACUUUAUAAAUACAUGUGUAAUGUGUGUAGGGUGCGCGUAUUAUGUUCAUUGAUAUUUAAUUAAAUGUCGAAUGAUCCAUGGCAACUUUCUCACGAAAUAUUGUACGAUUAUCGGUACUAACGUUCAAGAACGUUUCAAUCAUUACGAGUAAUUGCAACAAAAGAUACAUCAUGAUGUCCCGAGCUAGGCUUGAGAAAGCUGUAGAGAAUCUCGAGAAAAAUCCUUUUUUCAAUAAGUACGCUGAUAAAAUAGCGAGAUUUCAACAAACUAGUCCAGAAGAAUUCUUGCAGCGUGUCGAAAGUCAGGAGAAAAAGUUGCAGCAAAAGAAAGUCCGCUUAUCGAGGUCAUUCCCAUUCUUACUAAGAAAACGACCACCACCGUGGACCCAUAUUCAGAAGAGUAAUUUCAGUGAUCAUGCGGUUAAAAAUAUGUACAUCACUACGCCUAUAUUUUAUGUAAAUGCUGGACCACAUAUCGGACAUGUUUACACAGCCGUUUUGGCUGACGCCAUAGCUAGAUUCAACACCAUGCUAGGACAUUCCGUAUUCUUAUGCACCGGUACCGAUGAACACGGCACGAAAGUCCAGAAAGCUGCGAACACCGCGGCCUUACCGAUCCCCGAAUAUUGUACCCGGGUCUCGCGACAAUUUCAAGACGUGUGCGACAAUUUCCAAGUUCAAUAUUCAAGAUUCAUUCGAACGACCGAAACGCGGCAUCGGGAGGCGGUUCAUCACUUUUGGAAUCGUUUAGAAAAUAAUGGACACAUUUACCGAGGCAAAUACGCGGGAUGGUACAAUGUAUCUGAAGAAGCGUUUGUCUCGGACAAAGAAGUAUUACACAAAUCAUCAGCUACAAACGCAUUCACAGAAUCAGGAGACGUUUUAGAAUGGACAGAGGAGGACGGUUAUAAAUUUCGACUUACUUCAUUUGUAGAUGAUCUGAAAUAUUGGUUGAAGGACGAAAAUGUAAUACAACCGGCAAUGUAUCGCAACUCUUUGGUCUUCUGGUUGGACGAUCUACGAGAUUUAAGUAUUUCUAGACCUGUCGAGAGAGUGCCGUGGGCGAUUCGUACUCCAUCCGACGAGUCUCAUACGAUAUACGUGUGGUUGGACGCGUUAGUAAAUUACCUAACUGCGCUGGGAUAUCCAGAUAAAUCGUUUACAGAAUUCUGGCCACCUGUACAAGUCAUAGGAAAAGAUAUAUUGAAAUUCCAUGGCAUAUACUGGCCGGCGUUCUUAAUUGCCGCUGGCCUCGAGCCUCCGAAGAAACUUGUGUGUCACGGGCAUUGGGUCAUUCAGGAUAAGAAAAUGUCCAAGUCCAAAGGAAAUGUGAUCUCGCCGUCCACAGCCGUUCGUGAUUUUACAGAAGAAGGUCUGAGGUAUUUCCUUCUGCGACAAGCUACGUUACAAGCAGACGCAAAUUACAACAAGUCUAAAGUUCGGAAAGUGUUGAAUUCAGAGCUUGCCGAUACUUUGGGUAAUUUAAUUAAUCGAUGUUUUGGUCCGGCUAUAAAUCCAAACAAAGUGUUACACAACUCGGCCGAAUACGCUGACAUUUUGGAGUCUGAUGUGGCUCGUAGGAACAUAAGUUCUUUGGAAGACCUAGGCGAGAAAGCUAAGAAACAUUACGAGGAAUACAAUCUUCAUCACGCGAUAGAAGCAGUGAUGGACACAUUGCAUAUUACUAAUCAAAUGUUCGAAUAUCAUCAGCCGUGGUGUUUAAUCAAAUGCAAAGAUCCCGAUUCCUUAAAAGAACUCGAAGCUGUGAUAUCUUUGGCCCUAGAGAAUUUACGAGUGGCCGCACUAGUGUUGCACCCUAUCAUACCGAAGCUGACGUCCGAGCUCCUCGAAUUCCUUCAAGUCCCGAUGGAGAGGCGUACUUGGAACGACACGAAACCGCUUCAUUUAACGAGCGCAUCGCACAGUACGAGACGACAUGUUCCGUCAGAAAAUAUAAUGUUCUUUAGAAAAAUAAAGAAUUGAAUAAAGAAAGAA